AUGAGGAUUCGCGAGCUGGGGGACGGCGACGGGAGGCCGGUGGAGGGGGAGGAGCAGGAGGACGCCUGGGCGGGCGGCGGCGGCGGCGAGGUCGUGCGGCUGAGGGCCAAGCGCGCGCUCGUCGGCGCCGGCGCCAGGGUGCUCUUCUACCCCACGCUUCUCUACAACGUCCUGCGCAACCAAUUCGAGGCGGAGUUCCGGUGGUGGGACCGCGUCGACCAGUGUAUUUUGCUAGGAGCUGUUCCUUUCCCUAGUGAUGUUCCACGUCUGAAGCAACUUGGAGUUCAGGGAGUUGUAACAUUGAAUGAGCCUUAUGAGACUCUGGUACCAAUGUCCUUGUACCAGGCCUAUGGGAUUGAUCACCUUGUGAUUGCCACAAGAGACUACCUGUUCGCACCAUCCCUUGAAGAUAUUUGUCGAGCCAUUGAUUUUAUCCACCGCAAUGCGUCAAAAGGUGGAACUACUUAUGUUCACUGUAAAGCUGGAAGAGGACGAAGCACCACUAUUGUUUUGUGCUAUUUGAUCAAAUAUAGGAACAUGACCCCUGAAGCAGCUUUGGAUCAUGUACGAUCCAUUAGGCCCCGAGUGCUUUUGGCACCGUCACAGUGGCAGGCUGUUAUUGUAUUUAGCACUCUCACCACUGGACGUCUUCCAGUAAGGAGUACAAACCUAAACUGUUACCUAGAAGGCACCAAAGCCUCCAUUCCUGACAGUGAUAUCGAGGACUGCACUGUGGAGUUCGAUUAUGAUGAUAGCGGUUUACCUCUUUGUCAAGUUAUGGUACCGAGGCCAAGCAGUCCGACUGGGUGUGUCGAUGCAGUGUUCAUAACGGAAGCAGAUCUGGAGGGCUAUGAUGCAUAUGUUGAUACCGGGAAGGAUGUUGUGUCAUUUGAAGUAGUAGCGAGUCGCAAGCCCAUUAUGAGGAGACUAUCUUGCCUCUUUGGAUCAUUGAAAGUUACAAGCAACUGUGAACCAGCCCCAAGCCGAUUUACCGAGGUUCGCGCCUGCUAG